AUGGGGAGCAUCAGCCUGUUGAGGACAUUAGAAUCAAGGAAAACCCGGCAUCGCAUUCUGUUUCUCGAUGCAUACGACUCCUUCACCAAUAACAUCACAUCCCUUCUGACGACCCUCUUGGACGUUGACGUCUUCGUCCUGCCCAUCGACAGCUCGCUCCUGGACCGCGCCAGCCCUACCUUUGAGCAUGACUUGAGACGGGAGCUGGCCCACUAUGACGCCGUAGUGUGCGGCCCCGGCCCCGGCUCGCCGCUCCGGAGCCAAGACGUCGGCCUCAUGAGCAGCAUCUGGACCCUGGCCGAGCAGGACCUCGUCCCAGUCCUCGGCAUCUGCCUGGGAUUCCAGAGCUUGGUCGUCGCAGCCGGCGGCAGGGUGCGCAGGCUACGCAAGGGCUUGCACGGCAUGGUCAGGCCCAUCGAGCACGGCGGCGAGGGUCUGUUCUCCGGCGUGGCCGAGUUCCGCGCGACGCUCUACCACAGCCUCUGUGGAGACCUCGGCCAGGACACCAUCCAUGACUCGGACUGGGCGGUGCAGAAGUGGAAGCCGCUCCCGGGGUUUGACGAUCUUGUGCCUCUGGCUUGGGUGGAGGAGGCCAGGGAUGGUGAGGAGGGUGGCGUCGAGAGGGUGCUGAUGGCUGUCAAGCACCGCGCGAAACCAUUCUGGGGCCUUCAGUACCAUCCCGAAUCGGUUUGCACCGAGACUGAGGGUAACCAGGUGGUAGUCAAUUGGUUCAAGGAGGCACUGCGUUGGAAUGAGGAGAACAAACGGGGGUUGGAUCACGGAGAUACUAUCCUGGCCGGGCAAGCAACGAGACCCAGCCUACUUUCACAGGCCCUGCCGAAAAGUCGUGACAGCCCAGCCAAGGGACAACCAGAGGUCGAUUCAUGGCGUGAAUACGCCGUCGGCUACCAAUAUUCCGGGCGCACCGUAGCCCUUCCGUCAAAUAUGAGCAUCACAGACAUCGUCGAGAGCCUCGGCCAGGUGACGGGCAAGGAGCUGAUUGUGCUCGACUCGGCCAACGCGUCGACAGGUGGUGCGGCGGACAUCAGGGGCCGAUACAGCAUCGUCGCUCUAGAUGUUCCCAACACCCUGAGACUCGAGUAUCAUGUUGGAGAUCCUCACGUCAAGGCCUUGUUGCCUUGUGAAAUGCACAACACAAACGGACAGGGCGGCCAACCUCAAGAAGUAUUGAUACCGUUAGACGGUUAUGCAAACAUCUGGCUUUUCCUCGCCGAGUUUCACGAAGAUAGGAAGCCAACAGGCACGACGGUGUCGCCGGCCGAGGAAAUACCGUUUCUUGGUGGUUUCAUGGGCUACAUCACCUACGAACAGGGCCUGAGCGACAUCAACGUAGACUUCCGCCAGGAUAGGGGUCACCAUAGGCCAGACGUGUGCUUUGCUUGGGUCACAAAAUCACUGAUUGUCGACCACGCCAAACGAACAAUUCACAUUCAGCAUCUCCACUCGCCCACCACAGAGGGACAGGACUGGCUGGACAGAACAGUCGACACACUGAAGGGCUCUCGCAAAUGGCACGAGACCACCCCUGCAAAGGCCAGGAGAGACUCGAGGUCUGAUCCAGCAGCCAGGCUUUUCGACAUGAUCUCUGCGUCCAAGCCCGCCGAGGACGCCUACGAGCAAAAAGUCAAGGCCUGCCAGGAGUACAUCGCCGCGGGCGAGUCCUACGAGCUCUGCCUCACGGACCAAACCAUCAUCCGACUCCCGGCAGCACCCGAGUCUGCCCUACAGCCCCUGAGCGACAUGGCCGACAACAUCGGCACGGGGAAGCGCCGACGCAGGAGCUCGGCCUGGAACGGGGCCGGGUCGGCGUGGCAGCUGUUUCGGACGCUGCGCAGCAGACAGCCGGCGCCGUUCGCGUCGUACGUGCGCCUCGGCGGCGCCACGCUCGUCAGCAGCUCGCCCGAGCGCUUCCUCCAGUACGACGGAGCUGGGCUCUGCUCCAUGCGGCCGAUGAAGGGCACGGUCAAGAAGUCGAGCGCGUGCGCCACACUCGCGGAGGCCGAGAGGAUUCUGCACGUCCCCAAGGAGGAGGCCGAGAAUCUCAUGAUCGUCGACCUGGUCCGCCACGACCUCCACGGCGUCUGCGGCGCCGGUAACGUCUCCUGCAGGGAUCUAAUGCGCGUCGAGGAGUACCGGAGCGUCUUUCAGAUGACCACCGUCGUGGAAGGCCGACUGCCGAGCAGCAGGGAUCGUGAGGGUGGUGUUGACGGCGGCAUUAGCGGCAGUAAAAAGUACACGGGCCUCGAUGUUCUCGCUGCGAGCCUCCCGCCGGGAAGCAUGACCGGGGCGCCCAAGAAGAGGAGCUGUGAGAUCCUGCAGGAGAUCGAGGACCACAAGGAGCGGAGUCUCUACUCGGGCGUCGUGGGUUACAUGUGCGUCUCCGGGACCGGCGACUGGAGCGUUACAAUCCGUAGCAUGUUCCGAUGGGAUGACGAGCUUGCUCGGGAUGCUGAUGGCGUGGCCAUCGGUGGGCAAGACGUCUGGAGAAUAGGCGCUGGCGGUGCCGUGACCAUCUUGAGCACCCCAAGGGGAGAGUCAGAAGAGAUGUUUACAAAGCUUGCGGGCCCUAUGGGGAUAUUUUCAGCUGCAGGCUAA